AUGUCGUAUGUUCCGACUUGCAGACCUUUGCCGUAUUCGUUGGACGCGCUGGACGUCUCGCCCAACUCACCUACUCAAGCUAUGGCAUCUUUGCGUUUUCUCGUCCUGUCAUAUUUGGCCGAGCUUGAAACCAGGUUAUCACAGCUGGAAUCCCCAGAUUUGGAGGCUUGGAUGGUCAAGGGAGAGGUCGCCAUGGAGGAUGCCAACCAAUGGGUUAGUAACACGCUGGAACUCCUAGAUUCUAUUCGGGCAGAUGUCUCGUUCCACCUGCCUGCGCUGUCUGUCGACAGCUUUACGUCCCACCUCCCCGAUGUACCGAGCAUCCGUUCACAUCUUCCUGACAUGUCUGAUAUGCACAUGCAUCUACCCGACUUUAGCCUUGCGGACAUGCGUGCCAGGCUCGAGGAUAUCCGCGCCCGGUUUCACGACAUAGACUUUGAUAGACCCGUCAAUUAUCUUCCCAUACUCUUAGAGCAUUUACAUGGCCUGACUUUGCGCCUCUCAUCAAAAGAGCUACCGUCCGGCUUCGAUAUUGGCUUGGCCGCGCUUAGUUCGCGUCUUACAGACUUUCUCGACUUCAUAUUAUCUUCGGAUCUUGUCCCUUCAGUUCCACAUAUGAUGGAUGGUGAGGAUUUGAUGGGUCGGGCAGCGAUGGAAGUGGUAGAAGUUGCGAGAGCCAUUAAGCAUUCCUUCGAGGGCGUCCACCUCAUCCAGUACUCUGACCUUCCCAGUAAAUGGCGUAAUAAUCCAUUCGUUACCCGAGGUUAUAGAUUUAUACCUAUAGAAAGAUGGCCUCUGCUCGUCUUGUCUCUAUUCACAUUUCAUAACGAAACAUUAAAUAUACACACGCAUUUAGUUCCCUUCCUUCUCUGGUUGAUCAGUUCCAUACCAUUCUUCAGUACUGAAAUCAUUGACACCCCUGAGCGAUGUUUCAUGGCGUUCGCUCUCCUCUGUUUGUUCUGCAGCUCGGUGUGGCACACAAUGGCGGGUUGUGCUCACCACGGCAGUAUGGAGUUCUGUGCCAGAGUGGACUAUGUCGGGAUCGGAUGGCUCAUCAGUGCGAGUGUGGGGACAGUCGUCUGGUAUGGCUUCCAGUGCCAUCCAGAAUUAGGUCGAUUUUUCUUGUCACUAUGCGCCGUUACAGGGUUGGCUGGAAACGUGUUUCCGUUCAUGGACUGGUUUAAUCAAUACGAGAAUCGGGGUUGGCGCAUAGCCUUCUUCUUGUCCCUUGCAUUUUCCUCGCUCGCGCCUUUGGCUGCACUCGCAGUGUUACAUUCACCACGUCAAAUGAUGGAUUUUAUAUCGCCUGUUGUGCCUUCAUUAGUAUCAUACGUUGCAGGAUUGGUAUUCUAUGCGACGCAUGUACCGGAGCGGUUCCUUACUGAGAAAUGGCGAGAAGGUGCUUACAUUCAUUCAGGAUCUCAUUGUAUCUGGCACUGUUUCAUCGUGCUUGCCGUAAGUCAGCAUAAAUCGGCAAUACGUGUUAUGAAAGACGGGAUCCUAUGUACUCCGUAG